GCCCUGCACAGGGCGACGGAAAACAACUACGAGAAAGUGCUAGAAACUCUGCUCAAUAACAACGCGGAUAUUAAUUUACAUACGGAGGGCGGCGAGGCGUCACUCCACUGGGCAGCAAUAAACGGCCACAGAGAGCCAUCUUCCAAUACAGUGGUUCACCUACUUCUGGGGAGCGGAGCUGAAGUUGCUGCUCAGAGCGGCGAAGGGAAGACUGCACUAUCUAUUGCUACCGAA